AUGCUCAUUGUGUUUCUUACAAUUGCCAUUAUUAUUGCAAGAGUAGCCUCGGCAUCUGAGCCGUUUAUUAUUGACAAGGAGUUUGCUGCUGUCACUUGUGGGUCAGGCAUCAAACUAGUCAACAAGGCAACUGGUGCUCGUCUGCAUUCUCAUGAAGUUCAUUACGGAUCUGGAAGUGGUCGGCAAUCUGUGACAGGGUAUCCCAAGGGUGACGAUCCAAACAGUCUCUUUGUGGUUGGUGCUGCGUUGAGUGGUUCAUGUUCUCGUGGUCAGCCUGUGCAUUGUGGAGACUCUAUCCGGCUACAGCAUUUGAAUACUCGUCAGUAUCUGCAUAGUCAAAGUGGUAUCCAAUCUCCCAUGUCUAAAAACCAAGAAGUUUCCGGUCACGACCAACCAGGAACUGGAGAUAAUUGGAUAGUGCAAUGUCUCGACUCAAAGGAAAAGUUGUGGGGUCGAGAGCGUAACAUCAAGCUGGUGCAUGCCAACACAAAGCACUUUCUCGGAACCUCCAGUCGCUUUUCAUUUCAAAAUGUGAUUACAGGGCAGCUAGAAGUAUCUGCUAGAUCUGGUAAAAAUGGUGACGAGGAGAUCUGGAGUGUCCAGGAAGGGGUGUUUUUUGCCACAGCAGCAUCAUAA